AUGAGGAGCGCAGAGGAGGGGGACGCGUUUGACGGCGAGGCCUCCAAUACUUCCAUGAUCUCUGGAGCCAGCAGUCCAUACCAGCCCACCACUGAGCCCGUACACUCACGCAACAUGUUCUGGGGACUCAGGUUUAACAUGGAGUACCUCAAGUCCUACUUUGGGAUCCUGAAGGUGGUUGAAGUGGUCCUGUCGCUGAUCAGCUUCAUCUGUAUAGAGACCAUCAUGCAGUGUUCUCCCUGUGGAGCCAUCUAUUUCUUUGAGUUUGUGAGCUGCAUCGCGUGUGUGGUGACCAGCAUCCUCCUCUUCAUCUUCUGCCUCAGUCUGCACACCAAAGUCCCCCAGAUCAACUGGAACCUCACUGACCUGGCCAACACAGCCAUCAGCACCGUGUUUUUCUUCCUCUGCUCUCUGGUGUUGGCUUUUGUCAAUCACAGCACAGGAGCAGAGAUAGCAGCUACGUUCUUUGGCUUCCUGGUUACGGUCGUCUAUGGCGUCAACACCUUCCUGGCGGUUCGAAGGUGGCGCCGUGGCAACACCAGUCAGGGCGGAGCUCCGACCAGCGAGUACAUGAGAGCUCGCACGGCAUCCAGAGGCGAGAUGGAGCCUCGGCCUGAACUGGUUUGA